CCCGGUCCAUGAAUGUCGCCCUCCAGCGCUGCCUGCCAGUCUCGGCCCGAACACGAGGGGGAAGCGGAUGUUCAAGGCUCCCCCUCUCUUUCUGCAGUUUAGCGCCGUGGGCCAAGCCUGGGGUCUGCUCGGGGGCGAGAGCGAGUGAGGGGAAUGAUGGCGAUGGCGAUGGCUACUGGCUCCGUGCUUGGUUGCCGCGUGCGAUGUCGGGUGGCGGUGGGAUGCAGAGCCAGCUUGUAUGAUGUGCUCCAGGUCCCGAAGAAUGCGACGCCAGUACAAAUAAAGACGGCGUACCGCAAACUGGCCCUUCAGCAUCAUCCCGACGUCAGUUCGCGCUCUGAUUCGCAGGAGAAGUUCAUCGAGCUGAGCAAGGCUUACGAGAUUCUGAUCGACGAUUUGACUCGCGCCACGUACGAUACGCAUGGCUUAGAAAGUGUAAGCGAUCGAGCCGGCAACGGCGCUGCCUGGGACGUCUGGAACACCUGGGACGAAUUCAAGCCAUUUAAGCGCACAAGUAGAAAAGGAGAUGCGCGUGCUUCUGCUGCUGCGAGGACGACGGCAGACGGCUCUGCGCUCGAAGACAAGUUCAGUACAGGGUCUACAAAAAUUGCCGAAGCACAACUUGGCGACGUUGUGGAAUACUAUCUUUCAGAUGCUGCCAAAGCUCAACACCAAGACGGCCGACUCAAAGGUGUUGGACUCGUGGUCAGUAGAAACAUAGAUAGAGGAGACCGGCACAAGCUACCGUUGGAGUGUGUGGACUUAGUGGAACUUGAACCAUUGUAUAAAGAAGUCGAUUGCGAAGAAUGGCGAGCAGAUCCAAUGGAGGGUCCGGCCUUUGCGUCGAUGCCUACUCUUCGAAUUCUGAGAUCGGACUAUGAACGUACACCCGAUUUCUGGAGGAUACACGAUGAACUAUCCCCCGAUUGUGGAAGUCCGGAAUAUGCGGAGGAAGUGAUCUUGUGAAGUGAGAGAUUUCUGUAUUCAGUCUGGUGAAGAACGGGGCAUUCACGUUCAGAGUGGCUGAGCAGACGAGCUCUUCCUGUUCCAGUCUUGCCAGAUUGUCCGUUCGGGCCAGAAAGAGUGCUUUGCUAAAAAGCUCAGGAGGAGAAGACUUUGAGAUUCCAAGUACUUCAGACUCUGUGCAAUGACUGGAUUGUAGCUUCAGAAAGUGGGCACUGUCCCUCCCUACCGGCAGUAAUGGUUGUCGUUACCGGCUGCGAAAACGUCUGGGGCUGUGGGUGGGAAUUUUGGUGGUCGGUUUCUCGUACUCGGGACGUAGUGAAUGGUCGAGGUAGGACAGCGGGGCCUUCGAUUGUCCACUGUAGUCUGUAGGGAAUGUUUCAAGCUGUACAGCUUCGCAGCUGGCAUUGUGGAACCAAUUCGUUUAUUGCCACGCGGGUACGAUGGAAUUUGUGAAGAAAAUGCCGUACGUGCAAUUCCUUUCAGUUUGCAAUACUGUGCCGGAUAUAUCAGCACGAGCGAAGGACUGUGAGCUCCGUAAAGACUCGGCUUUUGCGAGUUGUAGAUUAGAUGGGGACUGAUUGACUGAAAUCUGUUGUUGGAAUCAUGACGGGAGGGCCGCCGACCGGAAUC